GCUGUGCUCCGCAGGCUGCACGUCCAGCAGGAGGUGAAGCUCACAGCAAUCACCGAGAAAUACCAGCGUUUGUGCGAGAAGAGCCGCGGCGUGCUGGAGCUGGAGGAAAAACUGGCUGAACUCUCUCAAAAGUGUGCGCUGUUGUCCGCUCCGGCCGUCUCUCACACAGAGGCUCUGGAGGUGGAGGUGGCUCGGCUGCAGGAGCGCUUCUCCAGUCUUGCAGGUCAGAGGCAGCAGCUGCAGCUGAACCUGAGCGCUCUGGCUCGGGCCGUGGAGAGCGUGGAGCAGCAGGCCUCCAGCGAGGUGACCUCCAGACUGGCCUCCAUCCGUACGGACGUGCGGCGCAUGGCUGGGCUGGAGGGCGAGGUGGAGCUGCUGCUCACCCAAACGCAGGCCCUGGAGGAGAAGGUGGCCCAGACGGAGAAGCUGAUGGUCAGGCGCAUCGGCGAUCUGCUGGCUGGCAGCAUCGACCGCGUCUCCACUCUGAGGAGCUCAGCAGAGAAGAGCAGCCAGCGGCUGGAUCAGAUCAGUGUGCUCGUUCACCAGCUCUCGGCGGCUCACCGUGAACUGUCUGAGCGCAUCCUGGCACUGGAGAGUGGACAGGCCAAGCUGCUGAAGACCGCCAGCUUCGCCAGCGACCUCAAGCCCAAGGUCUUCUCCAUCAGGCAGGACUUCGCCAUCAUCCAGCCCAAACUGGACGACCUGACGCUGAGGAUCGGCUUGCUGGCUGAAGACCUGAUGAGUCGAGAGGAGACGACACGCGACACGCUCGACCAGCUGACGCCCUGAAAGAGGAGGAGGCUCAGUACAUCAAGUACAGUCCAGUCGUGCUUUGCACUGGAAACUAGUGCUGGAGCACACUGACGUCUAGUCACAGAGUGUAAGCAUUCAAGAGCUUCUAGUGAAAUCUGCUGACUGCAGCAACACUGAAGUGAACAUCACCAUGAGAUCUGCCAUGACACUGACUGCUAGAUUCAUUUGUGUCCCUGGAGCACAAAAGCAGUGUUAAGUCGCUGGGGUAUAUUUGUAGCAAUA